CAGAGAAGAGUAUAAAAGCUCCCUCCUCAUCUUGACUCCUGCAUUUCACAGCACCACGCAGCUCCACCAAUCCUCCUGCCUUUUGAACGGUUCUUCUGAACACUCGGAGAGAUGAAGACUAAAAUGGAACAGGCCAUGGAAUGCGUGGUCAACGUCUACCACCAGUACUGUAUUCUGGACCCCGUCGAUGACUACCUACACCCGAAGGAGUUCCAGAAACUGAUGAAGGAACAAGCCCAGCCCUUCUUGAAGAACACCAUGCCACCUAGCGAUGACCAGAACUCUUAUAUCGAAAAACUAUUUCAACAAGCCGACAAGGACAAAAAUGGGUACCUCAAAUUCACCGAAUGGCUGUAUGUGAUAGGAAAAACCCUCAACGAGGCCCACGAAAGAUCCCACAACCUCGACGACGAUGACAGCAAAACACCUGGACAUGGGCACGGGCACAGUCACGGGCCCGGGCACGGGCACGGGCACAGCCACUGAUUUGUCAAGGCCCCGGAUAUUCAGUUACGGUACCCACUGGCUCGCUGCGUAAACAACGACACCGUCUGCAAUCAAACAAACCGAAAUGGGCAUUAGCGGGCAGCCACCCCUUGUCUUGCGUUUCCCUUGUGGGUCACGUACAAUAAUAAAGAGUUCUUCUGGAAAAAAAAAA